UGGAAAAGCUGUAACUGCUUGUAUCCAGCAGCAGAAGUGGCUUGAGGCAGCAACUGCACCAGCUGAUUGAUAGUCACGUGGACGGUGUCGAAGGUCGAUACAACCACAAUGGAGCUGUCGGAGUAUGUGCAAAUGGGGCUUCAGUUUUUGGCGGAUCCAGAACAAUUUAGCACAAAAAUGUUCUCAAUUUUUUUACGUAUCUCCUUUCAAAGCCUUAUAUCUCCCCACUGUGGUGCCGCAAUCUUAGACGACCCCGAGUUAAGACAUGUUGACCCGACUUUGUUAAAACAUUGCCAUGUAGCUGCCACAACCUCAAUAUUGGAGAUUUCAAAACAAAAUGCAGACAAAUCAACACUUAGCACAUUUCUUGAAGAAUGUAAAUUUGAUGGGGAACGAAUAGACAUAUUUUACAGUGAAUACCAGAAAAACCAAACUAAAUUGGAAAACUUGCUAGGAAGCUUAGGAAGAGGCCCCCCGCAUAUAUGUGAUGGUUCCUGGCGACUAGAGUAUCAACUAAAGAACAGCCAUGUUCACAAGGUCAACCAGCCUGCAUAUUUGAUUACCUUGAAUGUAGAGAACAGGGGCUCAAGAUCCACAGAUGAUAUUAAUUUCAAUUGUACAAUGGAACAACUGCAGGACUUGGUGGGAAAGAUGAAAGACGCAGCUAAAAGCCUCGAAAAAGCAACUCAGACAUACCGUGGUUCCUCUCAAGAGCUUCGCUCUAUUUUCACUCCUUGGCAAAAUUCCAAGACUCCACGUUAUAUAUACAGGAUAAUGCAUCGAACAACGAGAAUAAAAAUCACUGAGCUGAACCCGCAUUUAAUGUGUGUGCUCUGUGGUGGAUACUUCAUAGAUGCAUCAACCAUAAUAGAAUGUCUGCACUCAUUUUGUAAAACCUGCAUUGUCCAGUAUUUGGAAACCAGCAAGUUCUGUCCUAUUUGUGAUGUCCAGGUUCAUAAAACUAAACCGCUUCAUAAUAUUAGAUCAGAUAAAACUCUCCAAGACAUUGUGUACAAGUUGGUUCCUGGUCUUUUCAAAAAUGAAAUGAAACGAAGGAGGGAUUUUUAUGCUGAUCACCCUUUAGCUGAUGCUGCAAAUGGAUCUAAUGAAGACAGAGGAGAAGUUUCAGAUGAAGACAAAAGGAUUAUUACAGACGAUGAAAUCAUAAGUUUGUCCAUUGAGUUCUUUGAUCAAAAUAAGGAUAAAACCCAAGGUGUUGCACAAAAAGAGAAAACGGAGGAGGUGAAUAAGAGGUAUUUGCGAUGUCCUGCAGCAAUGACAGUGAUGCAUUUAAGAAAGUUUCUGAGGAGUAAGAUGGAUAUCCCAAGUACCUUUCAGAUUGAAGUCAUGUAUGAAGAGGAGCCAUUAAAAGAUUAUUACACUCUCAUGGACAUUGCCUACAUUUAUACAUGGAGGCGGAAUGGACCACUCCCUUUAAAGUACAGGGUCCGUCAAAGCUGUAAAAAGAUGAAGCUAAACCACCCGCAAGAUGGAUUAAACAGCACAGGCGCUGAACUGGAGAGCGACAGCGGCAGUGACAAGACCAAUAGCCCAGCUGGCGUUCCAUCCACCUCGUCGUCUUUGCCAAGCCCCAGCACCCCGGUCCAGUCUCCACAUCCACACUUCCCUCACAUCUCCAGCACCAUGAAUGGAACCUCCACCAACCUCAGCACCAAUCGCCAGCCACCUUUUUCCAAAGCAGCUCGACAAACAUCUGUUAACGGAUCUUCAGCAUCUUCAGGAUGAUCCUCCUGUGGACAAGGCGACCUAGCUGAGAACACUUGAUCCCUUAGAUCUUUCCAUGCCAUUGCAGCUCUAUAGUAGAAGCUUUUAUAUUUGUGACCGUUUCUAGUGGAAGAUGCAUACUGGAUACUAACGUAUGGACAUUUCCACAUUUGUACUUGCUGUGACUUUAACUCAUAUUUUUUUUUUUUUUUGCAGUACAGUAAAGAACCUUUUUUGAGGACAUUUUAACAGUUUCUGCAGAUGAAAAUAUCAGAAAGCUUCUGAUUUUUAUUUGGAUAGACAUAUAUUUUAAUUUUUUUCUAUGACCAUGGAAUAUCCUUUUGUACAAUGUGCUUUUUCCCCUGGUUGAACCACUUUAACCCACAUUUUGAUUUGCUUUAAUUGUUAAAUGUGUUUUGUUUCUAUAUUGUAAACCCGGGUCCAUGCUUUUCUUCAGAAUAAACCCCAUAAUGAGAAGCAUGUAAGUGGACCUAGAAUGUUCUAUUCUAUGUAGUCAUGUCACCCUGGAACCCUUAAAUGGCUAGAAUAUCAUAACUGGUGAAAAAUGGACAAUUAUAUAAAACAAUGUACAAUCCUUAAGCUAAAAGUGGGUAAUAACAGUGAUUUUAACAUCAAAUUGGUAACAGCAACAUAGUUCACUACAUUGCCAUAUUGGUAUAUAUCCGAAUUAGGGGCAGUAUUAUAAGAUAUAUUUAUAGAUUGUAUAAAAGAAGAUUUUCAUUCUGACAGACAUGCUCAGAUGUUGCUGUACAGCAGGCUAUUCCAUUUUCAAUAAGCUAUUUUAUUUUAAUGUUCGUGGAAAGUAACAUUAAGCUUGUAUGAUGCUCCACUUGGGUUCGGCCAACGCAGAGCAUAAUCUAAUUUGCAUCCUAUUUAGGAAAAAAGAACAAGACAUCCAUUCUGCACACGUCAAUUGAACCAUUUCAUUUAAAGGAAAAAAAGUGUUUUGUGGUUGUGUGUAUCCCACAGUGUUAUAUAUUGAAUAGCUGUAUUGGUCUUUGCAUGUGUAAUUAUUGUGUUACUGUUGCACAUUAUAAAAUCUAUCUAAAUAAACAAUUAGAAUACUUUUUUAUCAAGGUCACUGUAGUGAGUGUACUCACCAGGUACUGCAAACAAUGGGCCAGUUCAGUAACAGUAGUCAUAUUUAAAAAAAUAAAAAUAAAUAAAAUGUA